GUGACCGAAUCAACAAAAUCUUAAAAUCACACCUUAACAAAAACAAAAAAUAAAACACAGCGGAGUGUGGGUUUGGGUUAGGGCGUGGCACUAGAAAAAAAAUGGAGAACAAGAAGAUAAUUAGUGAUCUUUCCUUUACCUCUCUCAUUCCCAUCAUUGUUACCUAUUCUUCUCUAACCCUGACUCUUAUCUCUAACCCCACUUUUUUCACAUUAACAAAAACUCCCCUCUUUUUUUACAUACCCACCAAACCUAUACCACUCAAUUCUUCUCCCUUUCUCUCUACUUUUCUUCUUUGCCUCUUGUUUCCGUCUCGACCCAGAGUUUCCGUCUCGUUGUCAAGUUUUUUCUUGUUUCUUGACCGAGGGAGAAGCAUUUUCAAACUUUCUACAUUGCAUACUUUCUGCGGUAUUUUUUGGUUACAUGAUCUGAGAAGUAGUGGCAGCACUGUAUCUGGGAUAUAACAAUUUUUGGUUCAUGGAAGAGUUGGGGGGCCAUUGUUUUAAUGGUAUUAAUAAUGCUAUCAAGAAGAAGAGAAGUCAAACUUCUCGCCGACCACGACCUGAUUCCCAAUCUUUUGUUGAAAGUCGUGAUUCAACGCCACCUUCAGAUGAUGUGAGCAAGAUCUCUAGUGAUGAGAACGUUGGGUGUGGUAAUAAAUCUAAGCGGAAAGAGUUCAAUCUCAAUCAAUCUGUUUCUGGGUUUUCUUCUGGUAGUGGAUUUGAAGGUGAGAAACCCCAAAAAAAAGCUAAGAGGGAGGAUGGAGGAUUUAACAUUUUCUACAAUAGUGAAGUGGGGCGAAGUGGUCAUAACAACAAACGUGCUAGUGAAGGUGUCCUUGCCCCUGCUAACUGGAGAAGGAAUGGUGAAAGCCAGAGUCCAGGGCAGUUGGGAGUGAAUUGUGAUGGUUUAGGAAAUGAGAGUAAGGUGAAAAAGGUUAAGCUCAAGGUUGGUGGUGUUACACACACUAUACAGGCCAACUCCACAGCCAAUGGUGUGGCAGGGGGUGGGUCUUCUAAGAAUUCCCAGUCCCCAGAUGACUCCAGACCAAGGCAGAAGCAGAAUCUUCAGGGAAUUUCUGAUGAUAGCCUUUCCCCUCUAGAUAAGAGGUCUGGCCUUCAAGGGAUCCCUUGGAAGGAUUUCUCAAGAGUUGGUUUUAGUUUGGGGAAGGAGGAUCCAUUGACGGGGAAGAGCACUGGAAAGAAUUCCUUUGGGAAAAAAGGAGAUCACUCUGGCACUGUUCGUAAGAGCAAGCGAGUAUCUAAGAGGCGUGCGGUGGAUGGAGAAUUUGAUGAUGAUGAGGAUGACGAGAUUCGAUACCUGGAGAAACUUAAAACUUCAAAGGUUACAUCAGGAUAUAAAGAUGAUGAUGAAGAAUUAGGCAAAAAACAUCGAAAACUUUCUAGAGUGUCAAAUUUGGAAAAUGUUAGCACUUCAAGGUCAGGCAAAGAUGGGAAGAAAAAGUCCAGGCCUGAGAGAGUGCCUGGGGACACUGAUUAUGAAGAGGAAGAAGAGGAGCCAGCGUCUGAUGGCGAGGCUGGUGAUAGAAAGAACAAAAAACAGAAGAAAGAAUCUGUUGAUAUGUUGAUGGAUAAUAAGAGGGAAAUAGCACUGACAACACGUCAAAGGGCACUUCAGUCUAGCAAAGAUACCUCUUCUGCUCCAGGUUCAAGUUUAAUUGAGUUCCCAAAUGGUUUACCACCUGCGCCACCAAGAAAGCAAAAAGAGAAACUUACAGAAGUGGAGCAGCAACUAAAGAAAGCAGAAGCUGCUCAGAGACGAAGAAUGCAAGUUGAGAAGGCUAAUAGGGAAAAUGAGGCUGAGGCUAUUAGAAAAAUACUUGGUCAAGAUUCUGGCAGGGAGAAGCGGAAAGCACAAAAUAAAAAGCGCCAGGAAGCAAUGGCACAGGAGAAGGCUGCGAAUGCACUGAUGCUUGCAUCGAGUACUAUCAGAUGGGUCAUGGGUCCUACUGGGACAGUUGUGACAUUUCCCAAAGAUAUGGGCCUCCCUAGUAUUUUUGAAUCAAAACCCUGCAGUUAUCCUCCUCCACGUGAGAAUUGUGCGGGUCCAUCUUGUACUAACCCAUACAAAUAUCGAGAUUCGAAAUCAAAGCUUCCUCUUUGCAGUCUCCAGUGCUAUAAAGCAGUCCAAGAAAAACUGCAGGCUGAAACUACAUGCUAAUAUUGCCAAGAAUCUUGGUCCUGUCGUGGCACAUGCAGGUAGUACUGCACAUUUAUGUUAGUAAAUCUUUGUUUAGAGGCUGGCAGAAGUUAUUUUUCUUCUAACUUCAUGUAUUUAGAGAGAUUGAUACAAGUAUGGAAUCUCAUUGGCUGUAUAAGCAUUAAACAGCCCAAAUAAACAUCGGUAUACAGCAUAUGCUUGGUGAACUUUGUGUUGCACAUAAAUAAGAGAGAAUUAGAUCAGAGUCUUGUAAUUGAAGGAGCUUUUGUGAAGUUUUUGAUGUAUGGAUAUGGGUGAAUCCUCUGUGUUUUUAUUCGUCAACAUAAAUUGA